CCAUCCGUUACGGCGCAGUAGCGCGACACGAUCAGAGAGGGGAGAAAGAAGACGACGAGUCGACGACCCCGCUCCCUGCUCACGCCUUUCUUCGGCUCCCUUCUUUCUCCUUGCCUCCUCGACCGGCCGGCCUCAUCAGCUUCCCCUCUCCCGCGCGCGCGCGCACCUUUCCGUGCUCGAUCCUUCCUUUCCCCGCGUGCUCUGGCGCGCGCAAGGAUCAAAAGGCGCCCGCCCGCCACUAGCGGCGACUGGCAUGUAACGCGCGCUCCCCGGCAGCCGUGAUCUUAAAAGGGGGCGCGGCGGGCGACAAGAAGGCGAGCGGGUCUUGGCCGGCAGCAAUCUUUGCGAAUCCGCAAGAGAUUCUCUCUGCUUUCCUGCGCGGUUGAUUCGCCGAGAGGUUGACUGUGUUGGCGGCUGAGGCGGGCAUGGACGAGGCGGAGGAGAUGCAGGUGGAGAGGCUGCACGAGGAGGCCGACGCCGGGGGCGCCGACACGGACAAGCUCAGCUACGAGAUAUUCUCCAUCCUCGAGAGCAAGUUCCUGUUCGGCUACACCGACCCACACCAGCUCUGGCUGCCCAAGGCGCCGCCGCCUGCGCAGGCGUCCGCUGCUGCUGCGGCGGCGGCGGUCGCGCCGGGGAAGGCGGCGCAGCGGGGGAAGGUCUGCGUGCUCUGCGUCGACGGCGGCGGGGGCGGGCUGCGGGCGCUGCUGGCCGGCCGCGCGCUGGCGCACCUGGAGGCCGCGCUCCGCCGCGCGUCGGGGGACCCCGACGCCCGCGUCGCCGACUACUUCGACCUCGUCGCGGGCACCGGCGCGGGGGGCGUGUUCGCGGCGAUGCUCUUCUCCACGCACUCGCGCGGCUCGCCGCUGUUCCACGCUGACGACACGUGGCGGCUCGUGGCGGACCACGCGCCGCGGAUGUUCCGCAGGCCCGCGGGCUCCUCGGCCUCCCUGUUCUGCCGCGGCAAGAAGCGGCCGCUAGCCGAGCCCACGGCGGCGCUGGAGGCGGCCAUGAGGUCCGCGUUCGGCGAGGAGCUCACCCUGCGGGACACCAUCAAGCCCGUGCUCAUCUCCUGCUACGACCUCAAGACGUCCGCGCCGCUGGUGUUCUCGCGCGCCGACGCCCUGGAGAACGAGAGCUACGACUUCCGCCUCUGCGAGGUCGGCCGCGCCGCGUGGUCCGAGGCCGGCCGCUUCGAGCCCGCCGAGGUGUCCUCGGUGGACGGCGCCACGUCCUGCGCCGCCGUGGACGGCGGGCCCACCAUGGGCAGCCCGGCGGCCGCCGCCAUCACGCACGUCCUCCACAACAAGCACGAGUUCCCGUUCGUGCGCGGCGUCGAGGACCUCCUCGUGCUCUCCAUCGGCGGCUGCUCCGGGGGAGGUCCCAGCGCAGCCGCCGACGCGGACCUCCGGCGUAUGCGCCGGUGGGGUCCCAAGGAGUGGGCGCGCCCCAUCGCUCGCAUUGCGGCCGACGGCGCCGCCGACCUGGUCGACCACGCCGUGGCGCGCGCCUUCGGGCAAUGCCGCUCGUCGAACUACCUGCGCAUCCAGGCGAAGCGGGAGAGCAUGCCGCCGUCCGGUCCGGACGGGGAGUACGAGCCGACCCCGGGGAACGUGCGCGCGCUGCUGGCGGCGGCGGACGAUAUGCUGAAGCAGCGGAACGUGGAGUCGGUGCUGUUCGAGGGGCGGCGGGUCGGGGAGCAGACGAACGCGGAGAAGCUGGACCGGUUCGCGGCCGAGCUCGUCGCCGAGCACCGCGGCAGGGGAUCGCGGAUCGCGCCCACCGUCGCGUUCAAGCAGGCGCCGCAGAAGCCGUCGGCGCUGGGCUGAGCUGGUGACACCGUGGACCCGUGGCGUUGAGGACAUGUAGGCCUCGAACUCCCUUUCUCCUUGCUUGGGCUCGCGGCUGGAAUCCUGCUGCAUAUUUUUUACGCGGCAGCGUGGCAUGGCGAUACGGCGUUGCUCCCGGAUGCAUUCGCCGCUGUGAACUUUGUGGAAGGGGGGAAAAUAUCAAAGGAAUAUUUGCGAUAUAUAUUUGAUUUUCAGUUGAACUUAGGGGAUAA